AGAGCGAAGUACGUACGGGUCAUAGAAAGCAACUCUUUUCCUUCCUCCUUAGAGCAACACAGCAAAACACCACCCAAAUAAAACCGUUCUCUCUCUCUCUCUCUCUCUCUUUCACUUUCAGUCUCUGGCAUGCGCUCUUUCACUCUCUUUGAAAAUCUUUUUUCUCUCUCUCUCUCUCUCUCUGGGUAAUGGGGAUCACUUAUCAUCACCAGCCAUCUUGAAAAAAUAAACGAAAGUUUUUAUUUUCCCUUUCCUUUUCGGAAUAUAAUUCUUUUAUUUUGUCCAAUCCAAUCCUAUUCCAACUAGAAAAUAUUUUCUUGGUCUAUUUAAGGCUUGUGGUGGCGUUCAAGCUUUUAAACUUUUCUGGGCAAUCAACUCUAAGAGUUUGAGGUGAAGAAAAUACCACUGCUUAUUUCUACCUCCAAAAGAUGGAUAUGGAUAAUGCAAUUGAAGGUAUAUCCUGGAUCGGAAGCAUAUACCGCAAGUUUGAAGCUAUGUGCUCAGAGGUGGAUGAUAUCAUGCGAGAGUAUAUAGAAAACCAGUCGGAGACAGUAGGUGAUAAUGUGAAGCAAUUUUGCUCUGAUCUUGAGCAAGAGCCGCUCCCUCAGUCUUCUGUGGGUACAGAGGAAGGUGCACCUCAUGACUCUACUUUAGGGCAAAAGAUUGGCAAGGUUAAAAUUGAUGUAGAACACUUCGAAAAGGAAAUCGACUCAUGUUGCAUGAAACUUGUGAAGGUUUCACUACAUGAUUCUGAGGAAAAGCAACUUGACCUUGAGAUAUCUGGUGGCGUUACCCCAGAAAAGAAAGUAUUAUGCCCAAAAUCAGAUGACCUACUAGAGAAUAACUCUCUCACAAAUAGAACUCCUGAUGUUGUGCCAUCUUCAGAUUCUGAUAAUUUGGUUACAUCCUGUGGAGUUGAGGUCUUGGAUAUAGAAGUUACCUCUGACGAUGCCUCAGCUGAAUCUAUCAGAAAAUCACACAAUUCCACUGAUGAUAUCAUCAAUGUGGGAUCGUCUCAAAAACUAAAGCUUGAUGAAAGUUGCAUCUUAGUAGAUAGGAGUGAACUUUCUUCUGUUUCUCAUGAAGCUGAAAGACACGGAUCUUACAAGAAAAUAUUCAAGAAGACUUUCACUGAGAAAAUGAGGGCAUCAAAGAAAGAUCAAGACUGGCAUGCUUGGUAUGGGAGUUCAGACCUAGGAUCUUGUCAACAGGAGGAAGGUUGUGCAUCAUCUAUUAUUGCUCCAUCAAAUCAUCAAAUUUGUGAAUCUGAUUGGGAAAUAAUCUAGAUAACUUAUUAUUGCUUGUUGAGUUUGGCACUUCCAAGUGUUUUUGUCAUCUCAAACAUGCAAAUAAAGUAGGUCAAUAUUUUGUUUCAGAGUAAAUGAUCCACCAUGGCUCUAAUUGCUGUAGAGAGAGUGUGAACGUUACACUUAUAAGGCUGAGGAAAUCUGCUGCUUUUGGCAGUGGAAGGAAUUUUUUUGUAUAAUCUACGGCUGGAUGUUGAUUUUUUUUUUCAUGCAUAUUUUUGGAAUGAUAACUCUUCUUGAUGGGGGCAAGA